AUAAAAAAUGACGUUACAUGAGAGAAAGCGAUUAAGUAGCAUCGCUGGUAUUGGUGAUUGUCGUAAACGCAAUUGUGAGGGUGAUUUGAGAACUGGUGCAGAAUAGACGAAGUGGGGUUAGCGAGAUAAAGCUUUGCGGAGCUCGGUGAGGCACCAGUGUGUGACCUCAUGAGCUUGAUUGUUUGACGGAAGUGGGAGUGGCCCUGCUUGUAUCACCUGUUACGCAUACUACUAGGCACCCCUAUUUCCACUUGAUGAAAUUCGCAAUCGAUCCCGCGCCAACACGUAAUGCAGGACCACUUCAGAAGCUGCCACGAGGGCUGCUAUCCUGGCAAGCAAAUUUGUCGCCUUAGUGACCAAUACAAUUGCGAAUACUUCCCGAGACCUUUUCCUACCCUCGAAGUUAUUACUUGUCUUUCAUCAGCGCCUUCCGCUCCCGGGAUUACCGAAUCAUAUUUGGUGAAUAUAUGGCAGUUCUGGGUUUUGUGCACUUUUAGCUUUUAAGUGACCUUCUUGGCUAACACAAGCUUGGCCACAAGGAGUCGGGGUUGUAGAAGAAUCCGGAAUUUGCAUACUUCACUAUGUCCCUCCGCCAAUAGCCAAACCGGCUUAUUCACGGCAUACCCGAUAAAGCAUUCAGGAUAGCACAUGUGAAGCGGACAGAGAGACGGCCCUCCCCGCACCGGGUCCGUCGAGCGGCGGACUUGGACGUCCCGUACAACCACUCGUACCUUGUUCUAACAAUAAUCAGUAAGGUUACAAAACAUUACUCGAUAGACAAACAGCUGUUUUCCAAGUCCACACCCCGAGAAGCACCACUGCACCGGCUCAGCCGAGUGGGCGAAAGCGGGCUCGCGGUUGGCCUAACGCAGGAAUAAAUUGCCAUGGUACUAUCUCCAGCCAGCCCCACCGUCGGUAGCACUUGCCCGCACACGAGCAUACCAUAAACACAAUGGUAUACGUCUUCCC